UCAGGCCCCAUCCCAGGGCUGCACUCGCCCACGGCAUCUUCUGCUUUCUCCGCUGUGCUGGGUGACAAGAGAGACCCUUGCCCUACUGCUGUCUUCUCGCCUGCCUACUCCUGCCUCCAGGAACGAGGUGCCGAAAUAGCAGCAGUGACAAAGGGCUUGGCCCAGCGCUGACAUCCCCCGUGCGCCCGCAGACUCUGAGAUGACAAUAGGGAGCAUGGAGAACGUGGAGGUCUUCAACUCCGAGGGCAAAGGCCGGGGCCUGAAGGCCACCAAGGAGUUCUGGGCAGCAGACGUCAUCUUCGCCGAGCGGGCUUAUGCCGCUGUGGUCUUUGACAGCCUGGUGACCGUCGUGUGCCACACCUGCUUCAAGAGGCAGGAGAAGCUGCACCGCUGUGGGCAGUGCAAGUUCGCCCACUACUGUGACCGCACCUGCCAGAAGGACGCCUGGCUGGACCACAAGAAGGAGUGCUCGGCCCUCAAGAGACASGGGAAGGCACCCAACGAGAACAUCAGGUUGGCUGCACGCAUCAUGUGGCGGGUGGAGAGAGAGGGCAGCGGGCUCACCGAGGGCUGCUUGGUGUCGGUGGAYGACCUGCAGAACCACGUGGAACACUUUGGGGAGGAGGAGCAGAAGGAGCUGCGGGUGGACGUGGACACGUUCCUGCAGUACUGGCCGCCCCAGAGCCAAACAUUCAGCAUGCAGUACAUCUCCCACAUCUUCGGAGUGAUCAACUGCAACGGGUUCACUCUCAGCGAUCAGAGAGGCCUGCAGGCCGUGGGAGUGGGCAUCUUCCCCAACCUGGGCCUGGUCAACCACGACUGCUGGCCCAACUGCACCGUCAUAUUCAACAAUGGCAGCCAUGAGGCAGUGAAGUCCAUGUUUCACACCCAGAUGAGGAUCGAGCUGCGGGCCCUGGGCAAGAUCUCGGAGGGAGAGGAGCUGACGGUGUCCUACAUCGACUUCCUCAAUGUCAGCAAGGAGCGCAGGCAGCAGCUGAAGCAGCAGUACUACUUCGACUGCACCUGUGAGCACUGCCAGAAAGGGCUGAAGGAUGACCUCUUCCUGGGAGUGAAGGAAGACCCCAAGCCCUCUCAGGAAGCUGUGAAGGAGAUGAUACAAUUCUCCAAGGACACGUUGGAAAAAAUACACAAGGCUCGCUCCGAGGGUCUGUACCAUGAGGUGGUGAGGCUGUGCCGAGAGGCUCUGCAGAAGCAGGAGCCAGUGUUUGCUGAUACCAACCUCUACACGUUGCGGCUGCUGAGUGUUGUCUCUGAGGUCCUCUCCUACCUCCAGGCCUUCGACGAGGCCUCCCACUAUGCCAGGCGGAUGGUGGACGGCUACAUGAAGCUCUACCACCCCAACAAUGCCCAACUGGGCAUGGCCGUGAUGCGGGCAGGCCUGACCAACUGGCACGCUGGUCACAUUGAGGUGGGGCAUGGGAUGAUCUGCAAAGCCUACGCCAUCCUCCUGGUGACUCACGGGCCCUCCCACCCCAUCACCAAAGACCUGGAGGCCAUGCGGGUGCAGACGGAGAUGGAGCUGCGCAUGUUCCGCCAGAACGAGUUCAUGUACCACAAGAUGCGAGAAGCAGCUCUGAACAACCAGCCCAUGCAGGUCAUGGCCGAGCCCAGCGCGGAGCCAGCCCCAGCUCUGUUCCACAAGAAGCCCUGAGGACCUGGGGCAGGGGCAGGCCGCGGGGAGGGGCUCUGGAGGCAGCAGGUCUUUGCAGAGACCCUUGGUGAGCAAGCUCAGCCUUGUGGGGACAUCCUGCCCUUUGUUCACCUUGUCAUUCGGGCUCAGUUCAGCUUUUCCAGUGAGUUUGACACUGUCUCCCAGCCUGACACCUGUAGGUACGCGCUGGUGCUGGGCCCUAGGGUCUGGUAAUGGAGCCCCCAGUGUAGGAGGGAGACAAAUAUAAGUGAUCAAUUAAAGCCCAGUGUCAUCCUGAA